AACUGCAGCUAAAAGCGAACACGUUUUGACGUCCAGGGAAACCGGAAGAGCAGCCGUAAUGAACUCUCACAAAGGACGGCGCAAGACAACAUGCUAAAGUUCAAGGGUUGUCAGCACUUUAGGCAACGCUUGGUCUGCGCAACUUUGUCCGGUCGUGCCAUUCGGAUUGAUGACAUCCGCGCCGCCGACCCUGAGAGUCCAGGGCUUCGCGAUUUUGAGGCAUCGUUCCUGCGCUUGCUAGAAAAGCUUACGAACGGCUGUGUAGUGGAAAUAAAUGAGACAGGCACCUCCCUGCGCUACCGACCGGGCGUGGUGGUGUGCGGCGCCGGGCUGAGCCAUGACUGCGGCACCUCCCGCAGCAUCGGCUAUUUUCUUGAGCCACUGCUGGUGCUUGGGCUUUACGGGAAGAAGCUGCUAUCGAUAACCCUCCGGGGCGUUACCAACGACGAGACGGAUCCGGGUGUCGACACCUUCCGCACUGUGACGCUGCCGCUCCUGCGCAAGACGCUGGGUCUGGAUGACGGUUUAGAGCUGCGGGUGGUGUCGCGGGGAGCAGCUCCCAGUGGCGGGGGUGAGGUGGUGCUCCGGUUGCCGCUGGUCAAGCAGCUGGGGCCCAUCAAGAUGGAGGAUGAGGGCAUGGUGAAGCGAAUACGCGGGGUCGCAUACAGCAUGAAGGUCUCACCCCAGGUGACGAACCGCAUGGUGGACGGGGCGCGUGGUGUACUCAACGCUCUCCUCGCUGAUGUGUACGUCUUCACGGACGCCACAAGUGGGGCAGCUAGUGGCAAGAGCCCGGGCUACGGCAUCACGCUGGUGGCGGAAACCACUUCUGGUUGCCUCCUCAGCGCGGAGUCAUGUUACGCAGCGAGGAGGAGCGAAGAGUCGGCGGUUGAAAUGGUGGAGCAACAUCAGCAACAAGUUCCGGAGGACAUUGGCACCAUGGCAGCCCACCUACUGCUGGAGGAGGUUCGGCGCGGCGGUGUUGUGGAUGGCGGUCAUCAGGGUCUGCUGCUGUUGCUGUGUGCGCUUGGGCCCGAGGAGGCGAAUUCGGUGCGGCUGGGCCCCCUGACCCCUCACGCGGUGCGCACCCUGCGACACCUCCGCGAUUUUUUCGGCGUGACAUUUAGCUUACGGACGGAGCGCAGCUCCGGAACCAUCUUUGCGACCUGUGUGGGUGCUAACGUGCGCAACGUAAGCCGCCGGGUUACAUAAUAAUGGUCGCUAAUGAACUCGGGAUUUACGUGGCAAGAGCACCCGACGUGGCACACUGUAGUCCCGCUCGGCACGGCGAGGGCGCGGUUAGGCUGUGCGUGAGCUAUGUGAGGAUAGCACGCGGAAGCGGCCCCAGGCUAGGUGGUGUGGCACUGCAAAGCCAAUGAGUAUGCCAGUGGCAAUGGCAGUGGCAAUGACGUGACUUGGCUCGACAGGACUAGACGCCGCGCAUGAGGGAUGGACUGACAGUCCUUGGAAGGUGUCCUCAACGAUCAGCGAUGAGUACGGCAAACUUUGGGACCUCAAAGGAUGGCGGCUUGCAAAUGAGGUUUUUCUAAGCUCGGAUGAAUGCGCCUUCUUGGCGCAGUGCUUUUCGAGUGGUGUCUUCGAUGGGUUGUCGAGGGUAUAGAGUGGCGAUGUGGCACAGUUCCUUCCCCUUUCUCUUAGCACGUCAGGCUAGAUAUUUUAUUGUUGUAUAACGAGGAUAUUGUAAGCUGAACGUAAUGUGUUUCCUCCAACAAUCUUUUGACACGUCGCGCAUACUGAUUCUGCUUGGUACGGUAUCUCCGUUUAGGAAGUACAGGCAGGGUUUGCCCUAGGCCACCAGGAGGUCGCAUGUUGUGCUAUGGUGUUUCUCUUUUUUCCUGGUGUCUGGCCUGUACAACGUCGGUUUGCUCGAAUGUGAAGGGAUGGGCAACCCAUGUCCACUGCUCGCGACCGAACCCUGCAGAUGUUCCUGUGCACCUGCACGGUUACUUGGUAAUUAAGAAUUGCCUAGGCU